UCGUCACGGCGACCAAGGGGAAAAGAAGAAGGGGUGUUGGGCCUGGCGGGUGAACCGAGGCUCCGGGCGGCUGGGCGGCGUCCGGAGAGCUGCUGGGCCAGAGCGCCCAGGGUUCACACCACACUCCAGGAGGUGCCCGGGAUAGUGGGUCAGCUGGCGAGACCUGCAGGCCAGGACCAUGGGCUGCUUCUUCUCUAAGAGGAGUAAGGCUGAAAAGGAGUCACGCACCGAGAGCGAGGAGGAGCAGCCCAAGCAGUACAGCUGGGACCAGCGAGAAAAGGUUGAUCCAAAAGACUACAUGUUCAGUGGACUGAAAGAUGAAACAGUAGGUCGCUUACCUGGGAAAGUGGCAGGACAGCAGUUUCUUAUUCAAGACUGUGAGAACUGUAACAUCUACAUUUUUGAUCACUCUGCUACAAUUACCAUCGAUGACUGUACUAACUGUGUAAUUUUUCUGGGACCUGUGAAAGGCAGUGUAUUUUUCCGGAAUUGUAGAGAUUGCAAGUGCACAUUAGCCUGUCAACAAUUUCGUGUGCGGGAUUGUAGAAAGCUGGAAGUCUUUUUGUGCUGUGCCACUCAACCCAUUAUCGAGUCUUCUACCAAUAUCAAGUUUGGCUGUUUUCAGUGGUACUACCCUGAAUUAGCUUUCCAGUUCAAAGAUGCAGGGCUAAGUAUUUUCAAUAAUACGUGGAGUAACAUUCAUGACUUUACACCUGUAUCAGGAGAACUCAACUGGAGCCUUCUUCCAGAAGAUGCUGUGGUUCAGGACUAUGUUCCUUUACCUACUACUGAAGAGCUCAAAGCUGUUCGUGUUUCCACAGAAGCCAAUAAAAGUAUCGUUCCAAUAUCCCGGGGUCAGAGACAGAAGAGCAGUGAUGAAUCAUGCUUAGUGGUAUUAUUUGCUGGUGAUUAUACUAUUGCAAAUGCCAGGAAACUAAUCGAUGAGAUGGUUGGUAAACACUUUUUCCUAGUUCAGACAAAAGAAGUGUCCAUGAAAGCUGAGGAUGCUCAAAGGGUUUUUCGGGAAAAAGCACCUGACUUCCUUCCUCUUCUGAACAAAGAAAUGUCAAAUUUUCACAUCAUUCAAGAAGUUCUACAUAAAUGAUUAGAAAUUGGACAUUAGUUUUUUUCCCUGUUCUGUGUUCUUAGUACUUAAAAGUCACAUGUUAUGUAUUUUGUUACUUUUAGUUUGUCAAAGAUGUACUUUGACCAUACUGAAAAAGAAAUAAAAAACAUAAAGUGAAUACUAUUUUAUGUACUUAAUAUAAUUAACUUCCUAUGUAGAAUUAAAAUGUCCCCAAUGAGUUAAUGCUGUCAAUAAUUUUAGAUAAUAGAUAUAUGUCUAAAAGAGGAAUUGGAGUUUGUGUUCCCUCCUGAAAGGUUGAUGUCUGCCUAUCUAUAUUUGAAGGUAUACUGAUUCUACAUGACAGAGUAUUAUUUAUCUGUUCAGAAAAGGGACAUUGUUUGCUCAAAGUACAUCAGUAUUUUCUUGAAUGGCAAGAGCAAAUAUGAAUAGUAAUAUGCAGUGCUUAUUGGGUGUACCCUAAAGAGAGGGCACGUCUACAUUUAUAUGUUCUUUGUUUAAAUAAAUUAUAACAAACUACAAAAACCUGUGUGAAGAUGUGGGAGGAUUGUUAGAAUAAAUUUCAUGAGUAAUUCUGGGUAUAAUUCAGCUGUUAAAUAUUAACACAGUAUUUCAUAUAUUUGUAAAUAUAUAUUACAUAUAUAUAUUUACAAAUCUUACAGUAAAGAAUUGCUGAUAACCAUGUUUAUAUACACGUGUGUACCUAUAUAUAAAAUUAUGAUCUGGCCCCUAUCAUGCAAACAUUUUGACAUGGGAACCUUCAAAUGAAACCUUAAAGAUGAAUCUUUAAACUCUCAACAGCUUUCAGAAAUGGAAUGACAUAAUAAGUGGACAUAAGUGGACAUAAGUGUGAGGGUUAGGAAUAAAGUGACCAUACGGGUAGGUAUAAAUUAAUGAUUUAUGUAUUUGAGUGAUGUUAGUGAAGUAGUAUCAUAGAAAUGCUCUAAUCCAAAUAAUAUCUGCAUUUAAAUAACAAUGUUCCACAUGGAAGAAGUAAAAUGUCCUGUUGCUACAAAAAAGUAGAACUAAGAUGAAUUAGCAGAUAUUAUAAAAAUUUCAGAUCUCUCACCCUGCACAAAAAUCAACUCACAGUGGAUCAAGGACCUUGAAAUCAGACCAGAGACCCUGCAUCUUAUAGAAGAAA